CUAUGAGGAUUGUUGUUGCUAACAUUGCAAUUUUCUUCUUUUAUUUUGUGCCCUUUGCGGCUCCUCUGGAUCAAGAGGUAACUGCGAGUCCUGGAGAAGAUGCCAUUCUUCAGUGUCAGGGUCCCAGAGAUGUGGAGAUCACCCUGUUCGAGUGGAGCAAACCUGAGCUUAAGUCCGAUGUCUAUGUAUUCUUCUACAGAAACCAGCGCCUAUAUGAAAAAUACCAGGACUCGUUCUUUAAAGGCCGAGUGGAGCUGAGAGAUCCAUCAAUGAAAGAUGGAGACUGUUCAGUGAUUCUAAAGAAUGUCAGCAUCGGGGAUGCAGGAACAUAUGAGUGUCGCAUUACAACCAGGAACACCAGAAGAAAUAAGGGCGUCCAAAGUGAGUUCCAGCACUCCAUCAAGCUCACAGUAAAAUCCUCAGGUUUCGCGGACGACGACACCGAGAAUGGAGGAGAAAAGGUUCGAGAAGAGAAGGUCAGAGUAGAGAAGGAUGGAGGAAAGAGUAAUUGGUAUCUUUCACUGAUAACUGGUGUGCCGAUCACUUUUUUUAUUUUUGCUAUACCUGCUGGUGUAAUUAUCUACAAAAGACUAAAAAAAUGUAUGAAAAGUACUAAAUAGCAGAUCUGAAUCCUUACCUCUUUCCUCCUGAAUGACUGUGGGUCCUGCUGUUGCACAGAAAUGAAAACAUCUUUGUAAGACUACUUGAGAUCCAUGCUGCAAUAAUCUUGUUUUUGUCCAUUUAUGAUGGUUUAAAAUGCUCCGUUUAACCACAAUAAUAAAUGUCUGCUCAGGUUACUCUCAGGAAUCAGAUUCUCUUGUCAAGUUAGGGAAGGAAGUAGUGUGGGCAAACUGUCGCUAUGGGUCGUGACCUGUAAAUUAUACAGGUUGUUACGCACAUUAUUAAGUAUUUGAAGAUCUUCACUUUUAUUACCUCUACAGCCAGUCAGCCUGCCCCCUUCCCUGACAUCAGUCCAGUUCUGCAAAAAAGGCUAAAGCUUCAGAGUCUGCUGUCAAAGCUGCUACCUGUCAGUUUAUUACAGAGGUCACUGUUGAAGCUUGUCUGCACGGGGCAGUGGUUUAUUUCUUCUAAAGUGUUUAAACCCACAUACCACAUUUUUUUAAUCACUACCAAAAAUAAGUUUAUUUUAGUGAAAUAAAGGUCUGCACAGGUUCAUUAUCAGAGGACAUAUUGCUGAUAUCAAGAGUAAAAAGGACCAGCGCUGUAUGUUUAAACCUGUGAAGCCUUAACCCUUUAAGACCUACCAUAGAACCAAGUCCGCCAGAGCUUACUUUAUAUUUUUACAUGCUGUGGAGCCAUUUUUGGGGGCAUUUCAAGUUACUAUACAUCAAUGCAACUGUUAUAGCCCAUAUUUUAAUAAUAUGUCUGCAUUAAGUCCAUAGAAAUUACAUAAAUUGCAAAAAUCGUUUU